UAUAGCGGCGGGGGCGGCGCUGGCGGUCCCGCACCGCCGGGGGGCGCCGGCGGCGGGCGGCGGCACGGCACGGCACGGCACGGCACGGGCCGGGCGGCGCUGAGGCGAUCGCUUCCUCGUCGCUGCCGCUGCGCGAUCGGGCGCCUCCCCGCCGGCCGCGGGCUAUGGCGCUGCCGCUGUCCCUACCCGGCGCCGCGGUGGUGCUGGCGGGCCUGGCCGCCCUCCUCCUGGUCCUGGUUGUGAUGAUUGCUCAUGUAACUGCCGUAAAAAUGCCAACCCUUCAUCGACAUGAAGAAGAGAAAUUCUUCAUAAAUGCUGAAGGCCUGAAGGAAGCUGUACCAAGUAUACAUGAUCCUCCUACAAAGGAACUCUCUGUUGUUGUGCCUUCGUACAAUGAGGAAGACCGGUUGCCUCUUAUGAUGGAUGAAGCUUUGGAUUAUCUAGAAAAAAGACAGAAACGAGAUCCUUCCUUCACUUAUGAAGUAAUAGUGGUUGAUGAUGGUAGUAAAGAUCAAACCACACAGGUUGCUAUGAAGUACUGCAAGAAAUUUGGAAGCGACAAGGUGCGAGUGCUUUCUUUGGUAAAAAAUCGAGGGAAAGGAGGAGCAGUCAGGAUGGGUGUCUUUAUUUCUCGGGGGAAAAAAAUUCUUAUGGCUGAUGCAGAUGGAGCUACAAAAUUCGCAGAUAUUGAAAAAGUAGAAGAAGGUCUAGAAAAUCUUCAGCCAUGGCCAAACCAGAUGGCUAUUUCCUGUGGUUCUAGAGCUCACCUGGAGAAGGACUCAAUAGCGAAGCGUUCUUACUUCCGAACUCUUCUUAUGUACGGGUUCCACUUCCUUGUGUGGUUUCUCUGUGUCAAAGAGAUCAGGGACACACAGUGUGGAUUUAAACUUUUAACCAGAGAAGCUGCCUUGCGGACUUUCUCAACUCUUCAUAUAGAACGCUGCAGGCUGGUAACAUACCUCACUCAAAGAGCGAGGGUUAGGGACACUGCCUCUUUCUCGGAAGCUGAGCAUCUUACACUCUGGGCGUUUGAUGUGGAACUUCUAUAUAUAGCUCAGUGCUUUAGGAUACCUAUAGCAGAAGUUGCUGUCAACUGGACCGAAAUCGAAGGUUCUAAGUUAGUUCCCUUUUGGAGCUGGCUGCAGAUGGGCAGGGAUCUUCUUUUUAUACGACUGCGAUAUAUGACUGGUGCCUGGCAGCUUGAAACAAGAAAAUGUAAUUAGGUUAUUUACAUUUUCCAAAUAUAUCAUUAUACUUAAUGGAACAUGAGAACAGUUUCAAUCAAGUGAAGUGGUGAUGAAAGCUGAGGUAAUUCUUCAUUGCUCUUGUUGUAUGUUUCAUUUUUGCAGCAUGUAUAUGUUUUAUAAGAUUGUCAGCAGGGAAUUUGUAUGAAGUUUUGAAAAGCCAACACAUUUCCAAAACUAUUUUCUUAUCUAGUAAUCAGUUUUUAUUUUUAAAAGUAACUUUAACGUGUCUUAUAAAUUCACUCAAAUAAAUAUAUCUGCUUUUGUCUCAUCCUAAAUUUGGAAUUUUCUUACAAAUAUUAAAAAGAGGCACUCUGUUCUACAUUGUGCAAUAUUGUGUUGUGAGUGACCACAGCCAUUUGUUCCUUUAGUAUCUGGAAACAGAUGGACAUAUUGCAACUUGGUAUGAUCAAUCAUGGUUCAUGCUGAUGUAUGUUUGGAUUCAGUGUUAUGGGAAACACUAAUGGGUUUUACUGAGUUGUAACAGUAAUAUUCAUAAGGCUGUUCUAAGAACUUGCAGUAGUCUCUUGACAUUCCAAAUGUUUUUGUCUGAGGCUGAAAUAUUUUGUCUGCGAUGAAACUGCAUAUCAACUCCAGACUAUAGAAGGUCCAAGAAAAAGCACAUUUUGUUUUAAAAUCUUGUCUUUUAUAAAUAUCUUUGGUUCAUAUGUACUAAAUAAUAGUGCAUGCUCAAGGCUAGGAGUCCUUGGCAUCUCCAAAUUUGUAGUGAAAGGGUAUGGAAAGCUAAUUCAGAGCAUACAAAAAUGAGACCAAAUGUACAUUGGGGGCCUGUGCGUUAGCAAUGCCAGUUUGAAGUUGUCAGCCCUCAAACGAGAUCAGAGAGGGAGGGAAGUGUCUGGUGUCUUUCUUAGUGACGUCUUUCUCUGUUAGAGUGCACAGGUUUCAGUGGUGCUUUCAAAACAGUUGUGGAUUGCCAACAAACUAAGCCAAUCUUUCUUUUGGAAACCUGUACAAAUAUGAGCAGAUGUAAAGAAAGAAUGGUGUAUGGUUGUACUUUCACAUAUGAUUUCACUGGUGACUUUUCUUACUCUUUCUGCAAUAUUGAGUUUUGUUCUUUCUAGGGUUACCUCAGUUUUCUAUACACUGAAGUGUUGGAAUAAAUUCUCAAAAAGCA